AUGCCGCCGGGAUGGAGCGAGGCGAGAGCGAGGCGAGAGCGGGGCGCGGGGAUGACGGAGCGGGCCGGAGGGCUGGAGCGGGGCGGGGCGUCGGCGGGAUGGGGCGGGGCGCGAGGGGCGGGCGUGGCUCGCGCCCCCGGGCUCCCCGCCACUCCGUGUCCUAGCGACGGGCGGGACGCGGCCAGUAGCGUCGGUGGCUGUGCGGCUGUGGCAGCGGCAGCGAUGGGCGCCCCGCAGGCGGAAUUUCUUGGAAGCUAUAAUAGCCUUACAGACAAACACCUGGUUGGAUAUUUCAGCAAAGCCAGGAUAAGACGACAUCUUCAGAGAUCAGGACUGAUCUCAAGGAGUGGAAGAAUAAUAUCUGAGAAAGAAUACCGGCUGAAUGUUCUGAGGGAGGAUCAGCUAAGAUGUGUACAGGAGUGCCUGGCUCAGGCCAUAUUUCGUAGGAUCCUUGACAUGGAGCGUCAUCGUGAGCUGGAAAGAAAAAGACGACUUGAAAAUUCUGUGAAGAGAGAGAGGGUGCACAACAUCAAGGUGGAAGAAUCCAGAAUAUCAGUGGAGGGUGCUAACUUUGUUCAUGCCCCACAUCCACCACUCGGUCCACGAGGUCAUCCCAGGCCCCAUCCUUUUGUGGCAAGAAGACUAUCUGGUCAGUCACAACUGAGGGCAUGUGGAUCUGUAGUUGGUGAUAGUGGUGAACAUCUUUCUCAUCAACACCAAGCCGAGGAGACUGUGUUUUGCAAGAUGGGGGAGAGGAGUGGGUUAAGAUGUAUGAAUUCAGUGGAACGCGUGACUGGUAUAUCGCCGUAUCAACUCCCAGUCAUUGGCAAUUUUAUGAUACCAGUGCCACCUCCCCCCCGGGAAAAAGGAGACAAGAGUGUAAAUGCAGUGAGAGCUGGGAUGCUCAGAGGCAGACGAUUUCAUCCCACCACUGCACCAAAUGACACAAAGCAGCUUUUAACAAAGAAUUCUGGAGGAUUCUGUAAGCCCUCAUUACAGAGCAACGCAAUUGUUACCAUGAUGUUCCUAGGAAAAGGCUUGCGUUUAUCUCCUGACCAUACUGACCACAGACAUGAAAUCAAAGUCUAUCAGCAGCACUGUGGAGGACAAAACCUUUGUGUCUACAAAGGCAAGCUGUUGCAAGGAGAGACCUUCCAGUUCAUCUCUGAAAGGCACCAUGGUUUCCCGGUCGGCCUCAGUUUUUUCCUCAAUGGAAUCCUAGUGGACAGGAUGAGCUGUUGCUGUGAGUACAAACAUCACAAGCGCAGCAGGCUGGGAGGCAGACAUGGCUACUUCAUUUUGCUCAAAGUGGAAGGAGCUUCUCCUUGCUACAGGUGCAUUAUGUCAAUGGGCCUGGACAAAAAGCCGUCCUCUCCCAAGGGAAAGAUGGAGAACCAGCAGGAAAACCAUGUAGAUUCCUGGAGAGGUGGAGUGGACAGUGAGCCAAGCAGGCGACGUGCACGCUCCCUCUCGUCCAUCAGUACUCAGUACAGCAGUGAAGAUGAAUCUCAUGCUGAAGUGAUGAAAGACGGCGUUGAGGAUGAAGAGGAGUAUAAUAUCAAAAGGGCAUCUGCUGAUGCAACACAUGCACAAUAUGUGAAUGAGAACGGGGAGAAUGAGCAGCUGAGAGUGGAGGAAAAGGAGGAAACUUCUGCACUGGCCAUGGAAGGAAUAGAUGAAGCAGAAAGGGCAAACCCAGAAGAUCUAACAGCAAGGGGAGACACCGGAGUUUUUCAUGAAAAUACAAUGGCAAUGCAGCAUCAAAGUCUUGAAGUAAACGGGGAAUGCAAACGGGCAAGGUCAGUAGAAAAUGACACAGAGGAAGACGGCGAGAAGAAUGCAAGUACCAGGAGGGAUGAUCGGGAGGAAAAUCUUCCAGUGCCUUUGGAAAGCAAUGGGAUGCACUUGGAAGACAGCGAUGAAGAGUCUCCUGAGAGGCCUGAAGGAGCUGGCAGGCGACCUGCACGCUCCUUCUCGUCCAUCAGUACUCAGUACAGCAGUGAAGAUGAAUCUCAUGCUGAAGUGAUGAAAGACGGCGUUGAGGAUGAAGAGGAGUAUAAUAUCAAAAGGGCAUCUGCUGAUGCAACACAUGCACAAUAUGUGAAUGAGAACGGGGAGAAUGAGCAGCUGAGAGUGGAGGAAAAGGAGGAAACUUCUGCACUGGCCAUGGAAGGAAUAGAUGAAGCAGAAAGGGCAAACCCAGAAGAUCUAACAGCAAGGGGAGACACCGGAGUUUUUCAUGAAAAUACAAUGGCAAUGCAGCAUCAAAGUCUUGAAGUAAACGGGGAAUGCAAACGGGCAAGGUCAGUAGAAAAUGACACAGAGGAAGACGGCGAGAAGAAUGCAAGUACCAGGAGGGAUGAUCGGGAGGAAAAUCUUCCAGUGCCUUUGGAAAGCAAUGGGAUGCACUUGGAAGACAGCGAUGAAGAGUCUCCUGAGAGGCCUGAAGGAGCUGGCAGGCGACGUGCACGCUCCCUCUCGUCCAUCAGUACUCAGUACAGCAGUGAAGAUGAAUCUCAUGCUGAAGUGAUGAAAGAUGGCGUUGAGGAUGAAGAGGAGUAUAAUAUCAAAAGGGCAUCUGCUGAUGCAACACAUGCACAAUAUGUGAAUGAGAACGGGGAGAAUGAGCAGCUGAGAGUGGAGGAAAAGGAGGAAACUUCUGCACUGGCCAUGGAAGGAAUAGAUGAAGCAGAAAGGGCAAACCCAGAAGAUCUAACAGCAAGGGGAGACACCGGAGUUUUUCAUGAAAAUACAAUGGCAAUGCAGCAUCAAAGUCUUGAAGUAAACGGGGAAUGCAAACGGGCAAGGUCAGUAGAAAAUGACACAGAGGAAGACGGCGAGAAGAAUGCAAGUACCAGGAGGGAUGAUCGGGAGGAAAAUCUUCCAGUGCCUUUGGAAAGCAAUGGGAUGCACUUGGAAGACAGCGAUGAAGAGUCUCCUGAGAGGCCUGAAGGAGCUGGCAGGCGACCUGCACGCUCCCUCUCGUCCAUCAGUACUCAGUACAGCAGUGAAGAUGAAUCUCAUGCUGAAGUGAUGAAAGACGGCGUUGAGGAUGAAGAGGAGUAUAAUAUCAAAAGGGCAUCUGCUGAUGCAACACAUGCACAAUAUGUGAAUGAGAACGGGGAGAAUGAGCAGCUGAGAGUGGAGGAAAAGGAGGAAACUUCUGCACUGGCCAUGGAAGGAAUAGAUGAAGCAGAAAGGGCAAACCCAGAAGAUCUAACAGCAAGGGGAGACACCGGAGUUUUUCAUGAAAAUACAAUGGCAAUGCAGCAUCAAAGUCUUGAAGUAAACGGGGAAUGCAAACGGGCAAGGUCAGUAGAAAAUGACACAGAGGAAGACUGCGAGAAGAAUGCAAGUACCAGGAGGGAUGAUCGGGAGGAAAAUCUUCCAGUGCCUUUGGAAAGCAAUGGGAUGCACUUGGAAGACAGCGAUGAAGAGUCUCCUGAGAGGCCUGAAGGAGCUGGCAGGCGACGUGCACGCUCCCUCUCGUCCAUCAGUACUCAGUACAGCAGUGAAGAUGAAUCUCAUGCUGAAGUGAUGAAAGAUGGCGUUGAGGAUGAAGAGGAGUAUAAUAUCAAAAGGGCAUCUGCUGAUGCAACACAUGCACAAUAUGUGAAUGAGAACGGGGAGAAUGAGCAGCUGAGAGUGGAGGAAAAGGAGGAAACUUCUGCACUGGCCAUGGAAGGAAUAGAUGAAGCAGAAAGGGCAAACCCAGAAGAUCUAACAGCAAGGGGAGACACCGGAGUUUUUCAUGAAAAUACAAUGGCAAUGCAGCAUCAAAGUCUUGAAGUAAACGGGGAAUGCAAACGGGCAAGGUCAGUAGAAAAUGACACAGAGGAAGACGGCGAGAAGAAUGCAAGUACCAGGAGGGAUGAUCGGGAGGAAAAUCUUCCAGUGCCUUUGGAAAGCAAUGGGAUGCACUUGGAAGACAGCGAUGAAGAGUCUCCUGAGAGGCCUGAAGGAGCUGGCAGGCGACCUGCACGCUCCCUCUCGUCCAUCAGUACUCAGUACAGCAGUGAAGAUGAAUCUCAUGCUGAAGUGAUGAAAGACGGCGUUGAGGAUGAAGAGGAGUAUAAUAUCAAAAGGGCAUCUGCUGAUGCAACACAUGCACAAUAUGUGAAUGAGAACGGGGAGAAUGAGCAGCUGAGAGUGGAGGAAAAGGAGGAAACUUCUGCACUGGCCAUGGAAGGAAUAGAUGAAGCAGAAAGGGCAAACCCAGAAGAUCUAACAGCAAGGGGAGACACCGGAGUUUUUCAUGAAAAUACAAUGGCAAUGCAGCAUCAAAGUCUUGAAGUAAACGGGGAAUGCAAACGGGCAAGGUCAGUAGAAAAUGACACAGAGGAAGACGGCGAGAAGAAUGCAAGUACCAGGAGGGAUGAUCGGGAGGAAAAUCUUCCAGUGCCUUUGGAAAGCAAUGGGAUGCACUUGGAAGACAGCGAUGAAGAGUCUCCUGAGAGGCCUGAAGGAGCUGGCAGGCGACGUGCACGCUCCCUCUCGUCCAUCAGUACUCAGUACAGCAGUGAAGAUGAAUCUCAUGCUGAAGUGAUGAAAGACGGCGUUGAGGAUGAAGAGGAGUAUAAUAUCAAAAGGGCAUCUGCUGAUGCAACACAUGCACAAUAUGUGAAUGAGAACGGGGAGAAUGAGCAGCUGAGAGUGGAGGAAAAGGAGGAAACUUCUGCACUGGCCAUGGAAGGAAUAGAUGAAGCAGAAAGGGCAAAACCAGAAGAUCUAACAGCAAGGGGAGACACCGGAGUUUUUCAUGAAAAUACAAUGGCAAUGCAGCAUCAAAGUCUUGAAGUAAACGGGGAAUGCAAACGGGCAAGGUCAGUAGAAAAUGACACAGAGGAAGACUGCGAGAAGAAUGCAAGUACCAGGAGGGAUGAUCGGGAGGAAAAUCUUCCAGUGCCUUUGGAAAGCAAUGGGAUGCACUUGGAAGACAGCGAUGAAGAGUCUCCUGAGAGGCCUGAAGGAGCUGGCAGGCGACGUGCACGCUCCCUCUCGUCCAUCAGUACUCAGUACAGCAGUGAAGAUGAAUCUCAUGCUGAAGUGAUGAAAGAUGGCGUUGAGGAUGAAGAGGAGUAUAAUAUCAAAAGGGCAUCUGCUGAUGCAACACAUGCACAAUAUGUGAAUGAGAACGGGGAGAAUGAGCAGCUGAGAGUGGAGGAAAAGGAGGAAACUUCUGCACUGGCCAUGGAAGGAAUAGAUGAAGCAGAAAGGGCAAAACCAGAAGAUCUAACAGCAAGGGGAGACACCGGAGUUUUUCAUGAAAAUACAAUGGCAAUGCAGCAUCAAAGUCUUGAAGUAAACGGGGAAUGCAAACGGGCAAGGUCAGUAGAAAAUGACACAGAGGAAGACUGCGAGAAGAAUGCAAGUACCAGGAGGGAUGAUCGGGAGGAAAAUCUUCCAGUGCCUUUGGAAAGCAAUGGGAUGCACUUGGAAGACAGCGAUGAAGAGUCUCCUGAGAGGCCUGAAGGAGCUGCUUUCUCGGCAGAAGGAAGAAGAACAGUUGAUGGGCAGAAGGCAGCAGAACAACCGGAACGAGAAGAGCAGAUGACAGACAAGAGAGAAGCACUUGAGGUCUCUGAAGCAAAGGAGGCAGUGGAAACCACACAGCCUCUGGUGGAGGAGGUGGAGGAUGAGAUGGUGUCUGCGGCAGAGGAGGCCACAGAGAAGGGAGGUUCUGCAGGGAAAGGUGGUGUAGUGGAUGCUGUGUCUGAGGGAGAGGAGGCUGUGAAUGAUGCUGGUGUGGCACAAGAAGCAGGUCCAAGCGAGCUGGUGGCUGUGAGGGAAGGAUCACUGGAGAGUGCAAAAGAGCACAUGUUCCUUGGGGAGCAGCCCAUGACAGAAACCUCCGUGAGCACCCCUGCACACGGGGAUGCAGGAACCUUGCCAAUGGAGAGAGAGCCUGCAAGAGCAGAGGGCCUGUGUCGGAGCACCCAUCCACGGCCAGCGGCGCCUGGGACAGGGGCAGAUGAGGUUGAGGAUGGGCGACAGGAGGAGACAGAGCAGGCGGGAGUGAAAGCCGAGGGGGAGCAGCCAGGCCUCUGUGAAAACAUGGGAGAGAGAGCAAGAAUGGAUGUCUCGGAGAGUACACGGACCACUGAAGUCAUUUUGCAGAGAGAAGACGUUCCGGUUGGAGGGAGACCUGAUGCUCCAGGAGCCACUGGUGUGAGGGAGAGAAGCUGUGAUCCCUGUGAGGAUGCUGCAAACCCAGAUGCAGUUGUGCCCUCGGUUCAGCCGCAGGAUGGGGAAGAAACUCUCCUCUAAGCUUUUUCUGCAGAUUCUUCAAUGCUGUUUCCUGAAAUAUUUACACAAACUGCUGUAGAUUUGUGCUGGUUGGGAUGUUCGCUCCUCCUUUAUUUACUCCGUGGAUACCAGAACCAUCUGUCAUGUUUUACUGAAGUAGCUUCUCAGUGUUCAGUGGACGACUGAAAUGCCAGCCAGGAAACAGCACUCUUUUGUUAUUGGGGAGGCAAUAAAUGCAAGUAUUGUUCCACAGCUGCUGUGCUUGUUUUUCACAAAACACAGAGAGAUGUUGGUCUGACUAAACCUCCUCUCCUACCUCAGGCACUGCUGUCGGGAGGGCUGAGGGUAGAUGUGCUGUUUGUGUUUCUACAAGGACAAUAAGUGUGUGUGUGUGCAGAGUUGCCCAUGUUUAUACCUGUGUCAGUGUACUGACUGCAUUUGCCUGUGUGCCCUUUUGCUUUCUGAACUGCAGAAUCUUUGCUGUGUCUUCAGUGCUGUGCAUGAGGCACUUGCACACAUUAAUGCUCUGAUUCUGAUGAGAGCAUCUAGGGAUGCUCAGCAGAGAUGUGGAACGGCAGGAUCACAGGGAAUGGUAGGCUCAAACUGGGGUUUUUAACAUGAGGGGCUGUCCCAAGCCCGUGUCACAGGUGAGUGAGCCCUGCAGCGUGCUGGGGUACUGCAUGUGCCAGGCAGGUCGGUGCAGGGGGUUUCUUGCUCCUUGGGGAUCCUGGUUUCUCAGUGGCCAUACUGUGUGGCAUUCUUGGGACUUUGAAAUGCUGUUGGAAAUUGUUAAAUCAGAACAAUUCUAAUGUGUCUUUUGAAAUGAAUAAAGCCUGGCCUUUUGUUUUUGGUGGUGUCUGUCAGUAGUAACCCCUGGGCCUGUGGAAUCUGUGCCGUAACUGCAGCUGUUUCAGCCAGCACUGGCGGUAGAUCAGUGCUGGCUAUGGGUCUCUGCUGCCAGCAUCUCCCUUCCAGCUCUGCUGCACCGCAGAGGGCUCCCUGAGAGCCUGCCAGGCUGUGGUGUCCAGGGCUGUAUGCGCAGCAGCUGGGCAGGCAUCGCUCAGUGGGCUGCAGGAUGCUCAACUCCUACACAGCGGGAAUGUGACUGUCUUCUCAGAUUGGGAACUAAAAUUUAAAUGAGCAGGAUUUUAAACUGGUUGUUAAUGUAAGUCACUUAAUGUAAGUUAAUGUAAGAUGGAUAUAUAUCAGACAGGGAAUUUAAAUGGGACCGAGUAAUUCGUGUUCCCUCCUGUACUGAAGACGGUUGCAUUUGUUUGCUCAGCCUGGAUACCAGGAACUGCUUUGAA